CCAGCUCUCAUCUCCACUGAUCAGGGUUUCACUGAACUGCACUGGCCCUCCCAGCUGGGCACCCUGUCCCCUUCCGCCUUUGCCACACGUUAGAUUUGGUGACAUUCAGGAAAUGCUUGUCUCCUGCUGUUGAUGAAUAAUUUCAGAGUACUAUGGAUCAUGCUGAAGAAAAUGAAAUCCUUGCAGCAACCCAGAGGUACUAUGUGGAAAGGCCUAUCUUCAGUCAUCUGGCCCUCCAGGAAAGACUGCACAAGAAAGACAAGAUUCCAGAUUCCAUUGGGGAUAAGCUGAAACAGGCAUUCACAUGUACUCCUAAGAAAAUAAGAAAUAUCAUUUAUAUGUUCUUACCAAUAACUAAGUGGUUGCCUGCAUACAAAUUCAAGGAGUAUGUGUUGGGUGACUUGGUCUCAGGCAUAAGCACAGGGGUGCUUCAGCUUCCUCAAGGUCUAGCCUUCGCGAUGCUGGCAGCUGUGCCCCCGGUGUUUGGCCUGUACUCUUCGUUUUACCCUGUUAUCAUGUAUUGUUUUUUUGGAACCUCCAGACACAUAUCCAUAGGUCCAUUUGCUGUUAUUAGCCUGAUGAUUGGCGGUGUGGCUGUUCGAUUAGUACCAGAUGAUAUAGUCAUUCCGGGAGGAGUAAAUGCAACCAACGGUACAGAAGCGAGAGAUGCCUUGAGAGUGAAAGUCGCCAUGUCUGUGACCCUACUUACAGGAAUCAUUCAGUUUUGCCUAGGUGUCUGUAGGUUUGGAUUUGUGGCCAUAUACCUGACAGAGCCCCUGGUGCGCGGCUUCACCACCGCGGCGGCCGUGCACGUCUUCACCUCCAUGUUAAAAUACCUGUUUGGAGUUAAAACCAAGCGGUACAGUGGGAUCUUUUCAGUGGUGUAUAGUACAGUUGCUGUGUUGCAGAAUGUUAAAAACCUCAACGUGUGUUCCCUAGGCGUCGGGCUGAUGGUUUUUGGUUUGCUGUUGGGUGGCAAGGAGUUUAAUGAGAGAUUUAAAGAGAAAUUGCCAGCACCCAUUCCUUUAGAGUUCUUUGCGGUGGUAAUGGGAACUGGCAUUUCAGCUGGGUUUAGCUUGCAUGAAUCCUACAAUGUGGAUGUCGUUGGGACUCUGCCUCUGGGGCUACUACCUCCAGCCAAUCCAGACACCAGCCUCUUCCAUCUUGUGUACGUGGAUGCCAUUGCUAUAGCCAUUGUUGGGUUUUCAGUGACUAUCUCAAUGGCCAAGACCUUGGGAAAUAAACAUGGCUACCCGGUUGAUGGCAAUCAGGAGCUCAUUGCACUGGGACUGUGCAAUUCCAUUGGCUCCCUCUUCCAGACAUUCGCAAUUUCAUGCUCCUUGUCUCGAAGCCUCGUCCAGGAGGGAACCGGAGGGAAGACACAGCUUGCAGGUUGUUUGGCCUCGUUAAUGAUUCUGAUGGUCAUAUUAGCCACCGGAUUCCUCUUUGAAUCAUUACCCCAGACCAUCUGGCUUACAACUUUUGUUUCCUCCUUGUUCCUGGGAUUGGACUAUGGUUUGAUUACUGCUGUGAUCAUCGCACUAAUGACAGUGAUAUAUAGAACACAGAGUCCGAGCUACAAAGUCCUUGGACAGCUUCCUGACACUGAUGUGUAUAUUGAUAUAGACGCAUAUGAGGAGGUAAAAGAAAUUCCCGGAAUAAAAAUAUUCCAAAUAAAUGCCCCAAUUUAUUAUGCAAAUAGCGACUUAUAUAGCAAUGCAUUAAAAAGAAAGACUGGAGUGAACCCAGCUUUUAUAAUGGGAGCAAGAAGAAAGGCCAUGAAGAAGUAUGCUAAAGAAGUCGGGAAUGCAAACAUGGCCAAUGCAACCAUUGUCAAGGCGGAUGCAGAAGUAGAUGGAGAAGAUGCUACAAAGCCUGAAGAAGAGGAUGAUGAAAUAAAAUUUCCUCCAGUGGUCAUCAAGAGUACAUUUCCUGAAGAACUGCAAAGAUUUAUGCCCCCAGGGGAUAACAUCCACACUGUCAUUCUGGAUUUUACACAAGUCAAUUUUAUUGAUUCUGUUGGUGUAAAAACUCUGGCAGGGAUUGUAAAAGAAUAUGGAGAUGUCGGUAUUUAUGUGUAUUUAGCAGGAUGCAGUGCACAAGUUGUUAAUGACCUCACUCAAAACCGUUUUUUUGAAAAUCCUGCCUUAAAGGAACUGCUGUUCCACAGCAUUCACGAUGCAGUUUUAGGGAGCCAGCUUCGAGAGGCGCUUGCUGAACAAGAAGCCUUGACCCCUCCGCCCCAGGAGGAUUCAGAGCCCAAUGCCACUCCUGAGGCGUGAGGAACUCAGCCUGGGAUGGGGUAUGAGCCUCUCCUGAAAUUACUAAUAUACACAUUUUAAAUGCUAGCCACUAGAUUUUUUCCCCUAAGGGUAAAUAUGAGUAGUCAAGGCUUGAUUUGGAGGGUGAAUGACGCAUAGCAAGAUGUAUCUUACUUGUGUUUGUUUUUUAAUUGACUAUUUCCAAGAUAAA